AUGACCGACCCAAGGAAACAGGAAGCAGCCGGACAUUCCGCUGUAGGAGCGAAGCUCCGCAACCACGACUCGUGCCCGGAACGCCUCGGGACUGCCAUGAACGAAGUGCUCCGGGCCAUACUCCAACUGCAGGGGUCGCCAGUUUGUCCGGCAGACAGGAACUAUGACGUUGGCAACAGAGAAUUCCUGGCUGUCAAGAUGGCGCUGGAGGAGUGGAGGCAUUGGCUGGAAGGCGCAGAACAGCCCUUCGUGGUCUGGACCGACCAUAAAAAUGUGGAAUAUCUCUGUACAACCAAGCGCCUUAACUCCAGGCAGGCCAGAACAAGACUCCACGGCAAGCUCCUUCUGGCCUCCUACAGCCACUACCUGUCCAUCAUCGUCCCUGUGUCAGUGUCAGGGCAGAAAUUGGACCAGGAGAUUUCAUGGACUAGGAAAAAGGGAGAGGUGGUCUCCUUCAGCUGCAAAGACUAUGACCGGUGUGGAACGUAUGUCCACUGGUACCAGAAGAAAGAGGGAGAAACUUUUACCUUGAUUCUUAUCAUCAAAAAGGAUGACUGCGGAGUCUAUGGAAAUUUCGACCAUCCUCAAGAAGAUGAUUUCUCAGCCAUGAGAAAGAAGAACACCUGUGAUCUGAAGAUCCAGUCAGUUAAAGUGUCCCAUUCUGCCACCUACUACUGUGCCUGCUGGGGAAUUUUCACUGUGUAUGGUUAUGUAUUUGGCUCUGGUACGAGACUUUAUGUGACAGACAAUCACGUACGUAAACCCAAAGUGACGGUCUACCCAGCGUCCAACCCUGAGUCGAAUGGGAAGACCACACUGCUAUGUCUGGCUAGAGACAUGUUUCCAGACUUGGUCAAGAUCUCAUGGAAGAUGGAGGAUGAAUACGGCCAAACAGUGGAGGUGUCCAAAGCAGAGACGGAACAGCUGGAGCAGAGGGAGGAAGGACGGACGACCAGUAUGAUCAUCAUUGAUCAAGAGAAUGCGUGCAAGAACAAAUACAGAUGUUAUGUGGAGCAUGAAGGGGACACUCACGAUGUUGACAUGCUAAAAGAUCCCUUCUUCGUCAUGUGCAGUCUGAACCUGGCCUCUCUGGUUUAUACAGUGAUGAUAGUGAAGAGCAUGGUGUACUGCUGUGGGCUCUCUCUCCUGCUGCACCACAGGAAGAUGAGGAAGUGGACACAACACCUGUAGAGAGGAUACCCCCCAGUAUGGAUAAAGAUGUAGUAGGCUGGG